GUGAGCUGUCUUAGAACAGAGGCAAGAUGCUUGAGGACACCCGGGCCCUCUGCCAGCACUUAGAGAAAUCUAAGGACCCAAGAGAGAGAAGGAAGACCAGUCUCUUCCGCGAUUUUAUUUAGAUUUGUAGAUUCACUGUAUCAAUUAAAAAGAAGUCAUUAAAAUUUGUAUAGAUUUAAAACUAGAGGGUGGAUAACUUUUAGCUACAGAAGUGUAGGAGUGAGCUUAUAAUAGUCACCCAGUAUUAUCUCACUUUUUGCCUCAAAAAGACUAUUUGGGGCUUUAAAUUUUCAAAUAGCUUGUCUAUAAGAAAGUAUAAACCUAUAUGGCCCUUUGGGGGGAGGGGGUGGGAAAUAGACUUUUAAUUUUAUUGUUUGAGGGCAAAAUGUGUCAAGCCAUAUAGGUUUGAAUGUUUAAAAUACCUUGCUCAUUAAAGUGGGCCAAGGAGCAAUAGACUGACAUCAGCCAGGACCUUGUUACUGACCUGCUGAAUCAGAAUCGACAUUUAACUAGCUCCCCACGUGAUUUAUUUGCCCAUUGAAGACUGGGGUUCGAAACAGGAGUUUCUUUCUUUCUGUGUGACCUUUGUCACGUUACUUAACCUCUCUGAGCCACAUUUGUAAACUAUUUAUAAACUCAUUUAUAAAGUAGUGAGAAUUAAUGUUAAUGCAUACACAUUGCAUGUGCCGUGCCCGUAGUAGGUGCUCUGUAAAUGACAGUGGUGAUGAUGAUGAUAAUUUCAGCAUUGCCAAAGUUACCUCCCAACACAAGUAGUAAGUAAUUGUGUUUAAACCAAGAUGACUUGUUUUCCCCCUUUACCACAACAUUUGUACCUCCCAUCCUGGUUCCUAAAUGAAUUAACAUCAAACGAGGUGGGUUUUAAGCUUCAGAUGGCUAACACACACACGUAUAAAGAAAGAAUCCUGGGGAAACCUAGGAACAUGGAUUUUUGCUGGCUGAGAGGCUGAAUUCAGCUGCCCGAUGACUUCACAGCUGUUCCUGCUGCCCUAACGUGUCUGUCCCUUCGGCUCUGUCCCCUCAGCUGGGUCUGCAACGCUGACUCGGGGAUUUUCUUAUGAAAAUGCCUCAUGGGCGGGAGGAAAAUCUGGAGGUUGGCCGGGGAAAAAAUGAGUAAUGCAAAGCAGUAUGCUGAGUCCAUGCUGCAAGAGAAAUAAAAGUCAAAGCUGGCUUCUGUCUCUGGGGACUCUAGAAUGAUUCUGACUUAUCAUGUCACUGAGCAGAGUUAGGGGAAGCCAAAAGUCGGAAUCUGCUGGCAAGGAAAAGAACGGAGAGGAAAAAAAAAAAAAAUGGCAGGGAGGGGCAAUCCGGAGGGGGAGGAAAUAAAAAGAGAGAGAGGGAAAGACAGGCGUCAUUUAGAAACAGAGGUAGGGUGAAAGAAAGAGCUCCAGGAUCUAAAACCAACCAUCUAGUACAGUAUUUUUAUAGCUUUUCUUUUCCCCAGGGGAGAGCCCUGUCCUGUCAUUUUAUUGACAAACGUGCUGUUACAGGCUCUUUUCCCAGAAGUUGACCGAAGAAGCUCAAGCGUUUCUUCCCUCCCAAGCGGAGUGGUUUCCCUGGUAAUGGAUUGCUUCUCUCCAAGGGACGCCUUCCACCCUGGUGAGACCCCCUAGGUUUAGUGUGUGAAACCAGCUAGGAGACGCUGCUGUAAAAAUGACUGAAGAGCCAAUAAAGGAGAUCCUGGGAACCCCAAAGUCUCCCAAGCCAGUGACAAUGGAGAAGAGCCCCAACGGUGAAGUGAUAGUCACCAUGGUCCCCCUGGUCAGUGAGAUUCAGCUGACGGCAGCUACGGGGGGUGCUGAGCUUUCCUGUUACCGCUGCAUCAUCCCCUUCGCCGUGGUGGUCCUCAUCGCUGGGAUAGUGGUCACUGCUGUGGCUUACAGCUUCAAUUCCCACGGCUCCAUCAUCUCCAUCUUAGGCCUGGUCCUUCUGUCAUCAGGACUUUUUUUGUUAGCCUCCAGCGCCUUGUGCUGGAAGGUGAGACAGAGGAGCAAGAAAGCCAAGAGAAGGGAGAGUCAGACGGCUCUUGUGGCAAAUCAGAGAAGCUUGUUUGCUUAGGACUGAAUGAGACCAAACGGGAUAUGUGGCCUGAAAAACCUGCUCACACUGUGUCCAGUGCACCCAGAACGGGUGGGAGAGAAUGGACUUGGCAUCACAGUGGGCUAGAGGAGUGAGGGCGGAUGGACAAUGGGCGGGUAGAGGGAGUUCUCUUUUGUGGGGAACAACUUGUGUCUUCUUCAAUGACAAACUUAACUCUAAGGGCUAUUUUUAAGGCUGAAAAAUCAGCUUUUUCUCUACAUUAAACAUUUUUGGGGUCAUGGGAGGUGCGCAGCUUUAGGCAACAUUUGGUUCACCUUGAAAAGUAGCUGAGAAAAUAAUCAGACAGUUCUGCACACCACCGACCUGCCUCCGAAAGAACCCACACUUUUAAGAUGCUGUAUCAUAAAAAUGUUCUGCCAAGAGUCUAAAUGGCCUUGGACUUUGCAUACUUCUAUGAAAUUCUGUGAUAAUUUUUUUUUCCCAAUAAGCUGGUUCUGUGGCAUCUGUUUUUUCACUUUCAGUAAUUCAUCACUGGUGGUACUUUUUCUUGAAGAGUAAACUAAUAUUUUUUAUGUUUUAACAUUGGACAGUUUUAGAUGAUUGUAAUGAUGUGUCAGAAGUAAAAAAAAAAAGGUAAAAGAUGUAGCUACUAGAUGACACGGGGGGGUUAAAUUAAUAUUAAAGUAACCCAAUAUAGCACUUUUGAUGACUUUUAUAUAAAAGUUUAAUGUACAUUUCAUUAAAAAUAAUAAAUACUCAUUGCUGCUGAAACUUCUUAAAA